UCUUCUCAUCCGACAUUGAAAUUUCUUCUGCCGACAGAGAAUCUAGGCCGAGACUCUAGGUUAUCAUUACUUGACUUCUCUCGCUCUGAUCUAUUGAGCGGAAUCCACAUCCGCUUCAGACAUUCAAUGACUUUAACGAAAUAACAAAAUUCAGUUCCAAAUUCAUUUUGUUUGCGGGCAGUCGAAACAUUUAAAAUGUGCAUAAUAAAAUUUAACGGAGUUUUGUUACUGAUGGUCCUUCAAAUAUUCUUGGUGGCUACAACAACUGGAGAUGAAACGUGUGAAUCAGACCGAAUAAUCGAAGAACAGUGCCGGCUUCAUAACUACAAAACUGUAAAGCCUUUGCUCGACUAUUUCAGGCAGGUUAGAAAUGAGUUAGAUCAAAGUGAAACUAAGGAAAAGCAGAUGAGUGAUCUUAUGGAAAAAUAUCAUGAAAUUUUAAGAAUUCAUGAAACAUUCAUGAAGGAGGCAGCUCUAUUAAAUGAGUAUAAAAACAAAGUAAUCAAAGGGGAAAACCAUUUGCAAUUGUGUCAAAAUAAAGUUGAUAAAUCUGAAUCUGAAAUUAAUUCACAACAAAAUAUUAUUCUUAAAUUAAAAGAACAACUUACAGAUAAAUCCACCAGCUUAGAAAAUUGUCAAGUUCAAUUAAAAUCUGUUAAUUCUAGUUUAAUUAAAAAAGACGAAAAUAUAAAGAGAUUGAGUGAGAAUAUUAAAACUAACACAGAACAUCAGAAAACACUUGAGUCGCAAUUAGAGAAGAGUAAAUCUAUAAUAAUAAAGCAUGAAAAUAAUAUUCAGUUAUGUCGUUCAGAAAUCAACAACUUAAAUAGGACAUCAGAGAACUUUAGAGAAGAACAGAAAAAGAUUCAAUUGAAACUAAAAGAAAGUGAAACUAAGUUAAUAGAUAAAGUAAAAGAAAAUCAGUUAUGUCAAUCUGCACUUCAUAAAUUAAGUCUAACAACAUGCCCCCCUUUCGGAGAUUAUUCAGGAGUUCAUCAACUCAAGGUGUCUGGCAUAGGUUUAUUCAAUGUUUUGUGCGAUAGUCAGUUAGCUGGACCUGGAUGGAUUGUAAUACAACAACGAGUUGAGGGAAAAGAGAGUUUCAAGAGGGAUUGGGCAACGUAUCGCAAAGGUUUCGGUUCUUUUGAAAGUGAUUUCUUUCUUGGUUUAGAGAAAAUCCAUCGUAUCACGAGCUUGCAGCGUUUCGAACUUUACAUACAUUUGGUUGCUCGGAAUGGAAAAACCUACAACGCUCGUUAUGACGACUUCAAAAUAUCUGAUGAUGAUAAUGGAUAUGCACUGAGUUUGGGUAAAUUCAAUGGAACUGUUUUGGAUAGCAUGAGAUACUCUGAAAACUUGAAAUUCUCAACAUUCGAUCACGACAACGACAAAGUUGAUAAUGGUAAUUGCGCAGUCUGGUAUAAAAGUGGCUGGUGGUACAAUUCUUGUUCUUAUUGUUAUUUAAAUGCACCAUAUGAGAAAGAUCUACGUUGGUGGGACAAUGGGAACAUGUACCUUAAAGAAGUUAAGAUGCUAAUUCGCCCCAAAGAAGAAGAAGUGAUAAACUAAAAAGCUGAAUUUCCCAUAUUUAACUCAAUUAUGUUCAUUAAGAAAUUGCAGCAAUUAAUUUUUUGAAUGGAAAUAUUUCAGUUUUUAUUGCAUUUAUUCUAUGUUUUGAUGUAGCAAAUUUUAAGUCUCUCGACGCUUUCAAUAGAGAUGCAAAUACUUAAAAGUCAGUAAACUUAUGCUUAUCCUGUAUAUAUCAUUUCAGUCGAAUCUUGAAUAUUAAUGUGAUUUAAGAAAUGAUCUACACAUAUUCGUUUCUUAUCUAAACACAAAUGAUGCAGUUUUGUUACUAAUAAUACAUAACAAAUUUUGUUCUUGCAACAUCCGUUGAUAAAGGUAAUAAUAAUUACACAGAGCAGUGUAUUAUAGUGGGUGCUAUAAGUGCAUUUAUUUUCCUCUUAUUAGACAGAUGAAUUCGACCAACAAAUGAAAGAACAGUGCCGGAUUUAUAACCAUACAAGUAAGAAAGCUACAGUCGAGUGUGCUCGACUGUGAGAUACCCGCUUCCCAUUUGGAGUAAAACCAAAAUAUUGCGGAACAGACAGACAUGGCUAAAUCGUCUCGGCUGUUGACGCUGAUCAAGAAUAUAUAUACUUUAUAGGGUCGGAGAUGCCUCCUUCUACCUGUUACAUACAUUUUAUGCCGGCUAUAAUACCCUUCUACCCUAUGGGUAGCGGGUAUAAAAAGAAGAAAAAAAAACGAUGCAGGCAAAAACAACUUGGUCAUCAGACAAACUCAGAAUUUGGAAUGAAAAUGAUGAAGAUAUUAAGAUGAUCAGAAUGAAGAGCAAAGUUCAAAGCACUCAUGAAUGGGAGAAAACUUAACAGAUGUCAAUACUGCUUAGAACUGUCAAAUAAAUAUAAUACUGAAGUAGGUCUUAAACUC